GGCGCACUGAGGGGGCCGGCCUCGCCGCUGCCCCGCCGCCCGCCGCUGCUCUCCCAAGAUGGCGGCUCCUCCGGGCGAGUACUUCAGCGUUGGGAGCCAGGUUUCAUGCCGAACGUGCCAAGAGCAGCGGCUGCAGGGCGAAGUGGUAGCCUUUGACUACCAGUCCAAGAUGCUGGCGCUCAAAUGUCCCUCUUCCAGUGGAAAGCCUAACCAUGCAGACAUCCUGCUUAUAAAUCUACAGUUUGUCUCGGAAAUUGAAAUAAUUAAUGACCGCACAGAAACCCCUCCUCCCCUAGCUUCUCUCAAUGUUAGCAAGCUUGCCAGCAAAGCUCGAACAGAGAAAGAGGAGAAGCUGAGCCAGGCCUAUGCAAUUAGUGCUGGUGUCUCUCUGGAGGGACAACAGCUUUUCCAGACCAUUCAUAAGACCAUUAAGGACUGUAAAUGGCAAGAAAAAAACAUUGUAGUAAUGGAAGAAGUUGUUAUUGCACCUCCCUAUCAAGUGGAAAACUGUAAAGGCAAAGAAGGGAGUGCAUUGAGCCACGUACGAAAAAUAGUUGAGAAACAUUUUAGAGAUGUGGAAAGCCAAAAGGUAAUGCAGCGUUCACAAGCACAGCAGACACAGAAGGAGGCCGCUCUGUCAUCCUGAGUCCCCACACCCCGCACACUUGGGGGACUCUUUCAACAUCCAACAGAGGAGGGAGGCGACAUUGGCGUCUUCAUCGGAGGCAGGCCGGGGGAGGGGAGGGAAUUCCUUUAUUUCCCGUUAGCUCUUUUUAAUGAAGGGCUAACAAUUCCAAACCUUAGACUUGAACAAAAAACAACAAAAGAACGAGAGAAUAAUUUAAAAGUUGAAUCAUUACUUGACUAACAGACUUGUUUUGUCUACCAUGUUUUUUUUUUCUUUUUCUCUCCUGGAACAGUCAUCUUGUUAAUUUUAUUUUUGAAAAUACUCUGUACCCUUCCCUCUUUGUCCUUUCACCCUUGACUUUCUUCUCCUUCUCUGUUCCCUGCCAUUCAGUUUUUAUAAGUGGUUAUACUUGCCUUCUGAGCAAAUGGGAGAAAUUUUGACAUCUUCCGUUCUGAAAUAAAAAUAACAAGCUGACUGUGAUAUUUGUGUUGAGGCCAGAACAGCAAAUAGGUGCCUCACUUUAAUUUUUUUUUGCACAGGGCAUGGCUUGAAUUAGUUUUAUUUUUCUUAUCUUUAAAUAUAUAUAUGAAAAUAUAUAUUAAAAUGUUCUCUAAAUAUUUUCUGCUUCUUGCAGGUCUCUAUAUUAGAUCAUGGCCCAACCCACCUCUACUCUCCCCUUCCCCCCCACCCAAAAAAAAAGCCCCUUAGCAAAGUAACCAACUUGGCCUAGUCCCAGAAUCUCUUGCCAGCCUUUGGAGAGUCAGGUUUGUGUAGAUUGAAUGCAGGACUCGAGGGAAGGAGGACUCAUAGUAUCUUACCUUUUUAAGUGUGUGUUCUAGCUGCUUCCUUGGGCUAGAAUUUCUCAUGUGUCCUGGAACUCUAGGGUUCUCUCUUUACCCCCACUUCAUGGUACUAGAAAUAAAUCUCAACAUUCCCUGGUAGACUGGAGACGCAACUAUUGAUUUCUUGUCCUCUGCAAGGAUCAUCUUGCAUGGCAUAUUUCAUCUCUCCUACUUGAAUGACAAGCUCUCUCUUCCAAGUGACCUGGGAUGAUAAGCUUCUUGUCCCUAUCUCAUUCCACCCUAGAUUAUCCCUACCCCCUUGGUUUCUCUCUUCUUGACUUUGCACCCAAAUUUUCUGGUCCAGAUAAAUCUUGACUAAUCUCCCAAACCCCCUCUUUCCUUCCCUUUACUAGCUGAUGACAGUCUGUGCUCAGCAAAUAGUCUAAAAACCUAUGUGUUUCUCGAAUUUAGUCCACUAGUUUGGCUGGCUAUGGUUAACUUGCUGAGAAUUAGCUAUCAUUCCUUUCCUCAUGUGCCUCAGGGCAAUAAUAUUGGGUAGAGUGUGCUGUCAUUCUUCUGUCAGGCACAGAGUGGGUUGUCUAUAGCAUCCAUGAAACUGGCUAGAGUCUGGGGGUGAAACUAGUUUAAAAAAAAUUGGCCAUGAUCUCUUCCCCUCCUCCCUCCCUCUCUUUUUUUUUUAAAUAAAUGGAUCAAAACUAAAUAAUUCAAGCCCUGCCUUCAAAAAUAAUUUUUUUUAGUAUUGUUUAGCAAAAACAAUAAAACCCAAAUUUUUUAACCAUCA